AUCAAGACCGGGCAAGACCACCACUGAAAGGCUAUUUUUCCACGACAUUACUGUGAUUAGAAGGAAAAUGCCUUCCAGUAGGUAUCGAGGAGAGAAAAGGUGAUAGCUGGUUCCUUCACAAAAGAAGAACGAAUAACUUCAUUUGUAGUUUGAUUUUUGAUUUUCAUCCCCUAGUUACGGCCGCAACCUUCCCGGUGUUACAGUCUUAAGUAAGUGACAUGCCCACUGCACGCAAGAUGAUGAUUUUUCAGUGCUAUUUAUGGUCUUGGUCUUGUCUAAUUCUUGCCCUGCCUAAAGGUCUUGUUUCGGUCUCGGAGCACUCUGGUCUCAGGUAUGUCUUGGUCUCAAAUCGUGCGGUCUUGUCUACAACACUACCUUCAGGUCAUGUACUGUUUAUCAAGCAAGUUAUGCAUUUUCAAGAGGCAUACUCUUGACUCUGUAAACUGGGAACUUCUGAUGGACCUUUUCUGUUUCUUUCCUAAAUAUAUUUGAAUAAAUAUAGUAAUUGCUUUUUGAAGCCUUAUCUGUCGUCCCUUGACAUUUGUUAGUCACCUCAAAACAAUUAAAUCCUCAAACAACCAAUCAAAUAGGAUGUAAACAUGUCCUACACACAGCAGAACAACAUAAAUGCUACAUUAUCAGGCACUAUAAAAAAAAGAAAUAAAGACAUAUAAUGUAUGCAGAGCAAUAAAAUGCAGCAUUAAUGAUAGUGAUAAAAGGACCAUUUUCCAUUCCAGACUGCCAUGAUUUCAUCCAUCUACGUGACUAUUAAUGACAACUCAAAGGAAACUUUACAAAUUUUACAAUCUAUUCAGUAUUUACUCAUGAUUCAUAGCACUCUCAGAAAGAUGUUUUUUUUUCCUUCUUUUUUUUUUUUCAAAUCGCUAAAUGAGUCAAAUAAAGUCUGCAGUCUCAUGAAUUCAAUCGUGCUCCCUGCUCCCCUUCUUGUCCUCGUCGUCCUGAUAUGAGGAAACAGCGGCCCCCACGGGCAGACAGCGGCACAGCAGCGCUGUCUCACUCGAAAAUGCUGUUUGAUUUGAUAUUUGCUUUCUGAAAUAACUGGAAAGGAUAAAAAUGUGUUUUAGGCUGCACAUUUAAAUAACAGGACUCAUUUUCAUGAUUAGGAUAUUUUUUUCUGCUCAUUUUAGUUUCAAGAUAGCUGGACAUUUCAACUUCCUAUCACAAAUAUGGUUUAUGCUGGUAUCCCUCCGUAAUAAAGUGCAGUAUAUUAACGCACCAGUACAUUUUUCUUAAUAAUUUGGGAUUUUAUUUGGAUCUUCUUCAAUUUAGAGAGGAUUCCUGUACAAGGGCUGCCAACUCCUGCUUCUCUCUGAUGGUACCCGGGAGAGAGAGACAGAGAGAGAGAGAGAGAGAGAGAGAGAGAGAGAGAGGCAGAGGGAGAGAGAGAGAGGCAGAGAGAGAGAGAGAGAGAGAGAGAGAGAGGUUAGGUGCUCCAGAUGGUGUUUAAACGCAGACAGAAGGCUACAGCGAGGACAUAGAGAGAGAGGAGGAGGAGGAGAGAGCCGCGUUACUGCGCACAGUGGGCCCGAUCGCUCCACUCAUCACUGAAGACAAAACAACAACUACGAAAAACACGAAAUUGUUUAUUGACGGGAUAGAGGUACCUUAAACUAAGCCCAGUCGAUUGAUAUUUUCUCCGAGGGAAGUGAAUCAUUUUCUAACAGCCUGUGAAGGAGGCUGGUCGGCGGAAGAUUGGCGGCGCGUCGGAGGGAGAGGAGGAGAGAGAACCGUACAGAGAAACGUGCCGUUAAGAGUCCACAGGCUGAACACACAAACUGUUAACAAACUAGAAAGGGGAACCGAAUUUAUUUCCCCGGAUGUAUAAUGACUUGCUCCUGACAGCACGGACUGUGGCUGAACUGUGAACUGUAGAGGAGGGUUUAAAGUUGGACGAAUACGCACCCUGCAGACAAGAGGACCCGCAUCUUCAUAUCUGGCGUUUUCACGCGAGCACUUGAGGACUUAAACAGCAACAUAGAAGAACCCAACUAAUAGCUGUGUCUGCUUAAACUGAGAGGAGAGGACAUUUUUGCAGUGUAGAGUGUUUUUUGUUUUUUUAUUUCUCCAGUCCGGGAUGGUUAACAUGCGUAAGAGAGCGGAUUUACAUGACUGGGACAAGUUGUGAUUUUUCACACCAACGUCAACACCAGAAUCUGUUUGCUUUCCUUACAAAAACAAGACGGACUGUUAAACCAAAGACAUCAAUGUGCAUAAGGAUCCUUCCUUUUUCGACAUAGUAGUGAGAAGAAAUACCUCAUAAUUUAUUAAACCUGGAAAGUCAAUAACCUUUUUGAACUCCCAAAGGAAAGUUAAAGAUUUUUUUCUUUACUUCAAAAACAAAGAAAGAGGAGGAUAACACCUGAGUACUUUCCAGAACUUAUGCGCAAAUGCUUUACCUUUUGUUUUUCCAAAUAAUGAGGAUUGAGACGAUAUAAAACCUGUUGUAGAAAAUCUUCGGUGUGGAUUAUCACCGCUACAAUUACCUCAGCCUGACCCCGACCUUCACAAAGUAGCAGAGUGCCGAAGGUUGGAACAAUGCCAGAUUCACCUGCGGAUGUGAAAACCCAGCCCAGGUCCACCCCACCCACCAUGCCUCCUCCAACCCCGGCAGUCAGCCAAGCAACCAAUCGCAAUGCUUCAUACACACCAACUACAAGUAAAUCAAUGCUGAAUGGGAGCAGCCACUCACCUACAUCACUGAAUGGUGCUCCCUCCACUCCCAACGGCUUCAGUAAUGGGCCGGCCAUGUCCUCCACCGCCUCGCUUUCCAACCAGCAGCUUCCGCCAGCCUGCGGUGCCCGGCAACUGUGCAAACUGAAGCGUUUCCUGACCACGCUGCAGCAAUUUGGCAACGACAUAUCGCCUGAGAUCGGGGAGAGAGUGCGCAGCCUGGUGCUGGGGCUGGUGAACUCAACACUCACUAUUGAAGAGUUUCACUCCAAACUUCACGAGGCCACCAACUUCCCUCUGAGGCCGUUUGUCAUUCCUUUCCUAAAGGCAAACCUGCCCCUGCUGCAGAGAGAGUUGCUACACUGUGCACGGUUGGCAAAGCAGACUCCAGCUCAGUAUCUGGCCCAACACGAGCAGCUUCUCCUGGACGCCAACGCCAGCUCCCCCCUCGACUCCUCUGAGAUCAUGCUGGAGAUGAACGAGCACGGCAAAAGGAGGACCCCUGACAGGACCAAAGACAGCUCUGACAGAGAUGGCCUGCACCCAGAGCACCUAGCUAAGCGGCCCUGCACCAUCAGCCCCAGCCAACGCUUCAGCCCAAGCACAGGUCUUCCUGCUCAUCCGCCUCCCAACGGCCUCUCCACACACCCUCCAAACGGCCUCCCUCACCCACCAAACCCCCAAAUGGGACCCCAGCACUAUCGACUAGAAGACAUGGCUCUGGCACACCAGUAUAGAGACGCGUACAGGCAUAAUGAACAACGCGAAGCUCGAGACAGGCACCGGCAGACAGCAGUGCAUGGAGCCCGCCAAGAGGAGGUGAUUGACCACCGUCUCACAGAUCGAGAGUGGGCGGAGGAAUGGAAGCACCUUGAUAAUCCUGCCCCAUUGCAGCUCUUGAACUGCAUCAUGGACAUGGUGGAGAAGACGCGCCGCUCUCUGACUGUGCUGCGCCGCUGUCAGGAGGCCGACAGGGAGGAGAUGAACCACUGGAUUCGGCGAUACAGCGACGUGGAGGAGAUGAAAAAAGGUGGGAGCAACGGACAGCACUGCCUUCCUCCUCCUCCUCUUCCUCCUCCUCCUACUCCUCACCACAACUCCUCCUCCAACACAGCUAGCAGCAGCGAGUCACUGCCCAUAGGAACGUCCUCGGCUGCUGAAAGGCAGACAGGCAGACAGACAGAGAUCCACAGAGACUUCUUACACAGGCCCCCCUCAGGAUAUCUGCCAGAAGAAAUCUGGAGGAAAGCAGGUACUACAAGCAUCCCGCUCUCCCCAGCGCUGAAGCACCUCCAAAACAGGCAGGAGGAGGCCGUGAAUGAGGUGAAGCGACAGGCGAUGUCAGAGCUGCAGAAAGCUGUGUCAGACGCGGAGAGGAAGGCUCAUGAGAUGAUUUCAGCCGAGCGCUCAAAAAUGGAGAGGGCGCUGGCUGAGGCCAAGAGACAAGCGUCUGAGGAUGCACUCACAGUCAUCAACCAGCAGGAGGACUCCAGUGAAAGCUGCUGGAACUGUGGAAGAAAAGCCAGUGAGACGUGCAGCGGCUGUAACACGGCUCGCUACUGCGGCUCCUUCUGCCAACACAAAGACUGGGAGAAGCACCACCAUGUCUGUGGUCAGGGCCUGCAGGGUCUGCCUGGGGGCAGCAGUGUCCCUCUAGGCACCCCCUCCUCCUCAGCGUCCUCCAGUGCGCCCCCCACCCACUCGGAGAGCACUCCUCCAGGACCCUUGGCCCUGGUGGGGCAGAGCAGUAUUGCGGGAGGGGCUGGCAGCGGCAGUGUGUCCGCCAGCCCGAAGGAGAGCAGUUCCAGCAGUGCCUCUCGCUCCACGACUCCAGCUACCCCCGCCCUGCUGGACGCUGCCUCUCGCUGACGUCUGAUCCUCAUUCCUCCCCUAUAUACUGAUGCGACAGUGCUCACUCUCCACUCAAAACCAAACUGAGGAAUCUUUAUCACAGUAAUCCCGUUCCUCACUCCCACCUCUAGUCCUUAUUUCCUCCAUGAUAAGCUCUUCUGAAAAUCUUUGAACCACUCCACGACGAUGAUAAUAGACGGUCACCUUCCCCCAGAAACACUUGUUUUGUCUUUGUCUCUUUAACGGCAACACAUGCAAAGAUGUGUUCAGUCACAGAAACAUAUCAGAUGUGUUUGAUUUAAAGAUAUGACAUGAAGUUCUCUCAGUAAUGUAAGCACGUUUAAUGCUGUCCACCGAAGGACACAAGACAAGGGCUGUGGUAGGUAAGGUUUCACUUACGGGAGGGGGGUUGGUCGGCAAAUUGGCACUUGGGUAGGAUUUCCCUUUAAUUUAGCACCAAUGAGAGAACAGUACAAAACCCUGAGAUGUGCACUAUCAGUCCAAACAGUUCACUGAUGUGGCACUUAUUUCACAGUGCCCUAAUAGAAACAGGAAAGGAACAUCGUACCUUCUUUUUUUUCCAAAUGAAUGAGGGAAGUGAAAACCUGUGAUGUGAUUUUUUUCCCCCCUCAGAAACACAGCUUAGUAUUUAUUAAAUGUUUCUUUCUGGCUUUAAGGGAAAAAAGAAAGUCCAAAUAUUCUAAGUAAAGAAUAAUAGUGACAAUGAUGAUGCUGAUGAUGAUAACGAUAAUGACAUGAGAAUAAAUUAAAACUUUAAACUGCUAACUACCUUGCUAGCGAGCCAAGAAAAUCUAUACCGGACUCACCUCUCUGCACCAUUGUGAACCCAAAUGAAUUCAAAGAUGAAAAAUAACAUGAUCCAAACCUUUGUAUUACACUGCCAAAGUGAGUAAGUAAGCGAUAAGGAGUAGCACUCAUCUUAUAACCAAACGCAAAGCAACAUCACCUCCUCAGCAGAUAAGCCAGCCUUGAGAGGACUGUGCUGCAGAGAGGCAGCAGGACGGGACCCAGAGAAAGUCAGACAUUCAAUAGUAACAAAACUGUGACCUGCUUUGAUCUGCAGCCGCCUCCUGCAGUCUGGACAAAACUACAGCGAUUCCUCGGCGACAGCCCAGACUAGUGAAUAUGGACGAUGCUGUGAACUUGCCAACUAGAAAGACUUGGAUGGAAACCCCGCCACAGUGUGAUUUUUUUUUUUGUGAAUGGUAACAGAGAGGACAGAGAGAAAAGAAGAGGGAAGGAAAAGCUACACAGCCUCAAAGGAGACGAAGAUACAAACAUGGCAACGGAGCUGUCAAAAAAGAAGCUUGAAAACAAUGUCCAAGAAGGCAUUGCAUGCUAUGGGAGGAUUGUUUGUAAGUCAUCUUUUUUAAAGCUCCACAAUGGGGUGAUAUUUCAAGGAAUUGCUGUUACCUUCACAUUCACUCCCUCCGUUUCCAAAGCAUGAUAAACAGAUAAAAGAGUCCAGUGAAGGGCGGUGUAGACUUUGCUCUCCUCUCUCUUUCUACCUCCCCUCACCCCACACCUCCCUUCUACGCUCUUCCCCCAACUACUUGACUCAAGUCUCCCCCUCUCCCUCAGCCUGCUUUGGACAGAGCCUCAGAGCAGCCACGUGGGAAGGGUUUGAACCUGCUUGUAGAUAUUCUUCCUCCUUUCAAACUUCAAUAAUGUCUCUUGUCGCUGAUGUCCAUAUGUGCUGCCCUUGUGUAUAUCCAGAAUAACGGACUUUGUUUUGCUUUUGUUACCUUUCAGUUUCCUCCUUUAAGUUUGGGCUGAGCAGUGAAGUCAGAGCAAGGAGGAAGCCCCCCCCCCCCCCCCCCCCCCCAUUUGACAUAUUGUUUGAUUUGUUGUAUCUAUAUUGAUGAGAUGGAACCCCUCUUGUAGAUUAUUUUGUAUUUCUCACAUUGUAAGACAGUGAGAGGACGGAGGUGCAAUAUGAAGAGAAUUCAGCUACUGAAUGGAACCUCAGCAACUGCCCAUAGGGUGUCAUAUAAUAUAGAUACAUAUAAAUAUAUUUAAAGUAACAUCAGUAACUUAAUGUGAAUGUACAUAGUAUUUAAAAAAGGUCCAAAAAUGUGUUUGCCAAAUAACAGAAACCUUUAAACGUUAAUGUCCAGAAUAGCAUUUUCCCACAGUACAUUAGUUUCUUCAAAUAACAAAUUUCCCCCUUUCUUUCCGUUUAAACACCUCUAAUUUUCAGUCAGAUCAAAGUGUCAUGUGACCCUGAGUGAGCCUUAAGGUGGAUGCUUACCGGGCCGCGAUGCAUGCAGCUGAAAGUGGACGAGAACGGAUUAAGGGUGAAUGGACACUACUCAAUUUGAACAACAACUUAAAAUUGAAUCAACACAGUUUGCUUUAUUCAACCAGAUCAGUUUAAAUCCUGCAGGUGGGAGAAAGCCCAAAUAUAAUCGAUAAUUAGAAAUUAAAUGAAGGCUCCGUUUUCAAAUUUAGAUCCUUCACACCAAAUGAAGAACUUUUCAAACUUUAUAUCUCAUGUCAAGUGUUCUGUUUGUCACCAUCCUUUACUGACUCUCUUUUUUGGUCGUCAUCAACCUGUGUGAGUGUGAGCUAGGAGUGCAUGUUUCCCCCAAAAUGCAGGAAAAAUCAUCACAGUAGAAGUAAGUGAUAUGCCAGUUUUAAGCUACAGUAAAAUUCCGAACUAAUUUUGAGACAGAAUCUUUAAAAUAUUUCUUUAUUUGGUUUUGGUAUAAGCUAAGGUUCUCAGACAGAUCUUUGUUUCCAGGCCAACAGAGUAGCAACACCUCUUAAGGGUUUAUUCUGUUUGUUCAUCUCUUUACAUAUACAACAGGAUAACAAUCCCCUCUGGUAAACCUAUGUUAAACUGUCUAUUCUGUGAUCAAUAUCAAGAGUGAGGCUUGUGUAGCAGCCACACAUCUUACAUUGAUCAUAGUAAGCCCGACAUGAUGGGCCCCAUACACACUUGGACCAAACUUGGAAAAAAAAGUGUUUUUUCUUUUGCAGUGAGUGACAUGAGAAAAUAAAGUUUCAGCAUUUUGUUCAUCAACAGAUUGAUACAUUUACUAGAGACCUAGAAUUCAAAUGGAAUGAGCUAAAAGGUUCCCCUGCAUCCGUGUGUAUAGCGUUAUGUAUGUGUGUUAAAUUUACCGUAAUAUUGUGUUGACCUCAGCCUUUUUGUGUCCGUUCCCCUGAUGUCUAAUUCCUCCACUUCUACCACCGACCACUUGUCAUAACCCCCCUCACACUAGCUACCUCCUGUGACCAUACAGCUAACCACCAGGAGAGGUUGACCUGGACUUUGAAAAGCUGGGCUGAGAGCAGACAUGGACGCACACUGUUAAAAGCGGUCUCGUAAAUCUUUUGUGAGAUGCUAAAGGGUUGAAAGAACAUGCCAUUGUCCAUAAUGUAGAUGAAUAUUUAUUGUAUCCAGACUUCACCGUAUUAAACACAUCCAAACAACCAAACUGAUACUGCUGGAGUUUAGUAGCAGGUACACAUUAAAGUUGCAUAUUACAGAACCGAACACGGAACGAAUCAUAACAUGCCAUUUGUCGUCCAAAACCAAUAAAAGCACAGACCAAAGUACUCCUGCAUUGCCAUAGUGUGGCUUUGACUAGUGUAUUGACAGACCAGAAAUAAUAAGGUUAGAGCUCCACUUCACUACUUAACCAAAGUGUCUGAGAUACACAUAAUCAGGGCACAAUAGCAGAGAGCGCACUGAAUUCAAUGGCUGAGUUUCAAAUGUGUAGAAUACUCGUUCAAGCAAUCAAAGCGCUUGUUGUCUACACAUUGAAUAGUGCUUCUGUGAAAAUAAUAGGAGCAUUUCCUUUUGGAAAUGGCCUGCUGAUCGUGCGUUCUUAUGGUUACAAAGCCUUGCAGAGAUAAAACGUCUACAUGGUGGAUGUGUGCUUGUGUGUGAAUGUUGGCGUGUGUGUGUUUUUGUAUAAAAAAAAAUAAAUAAUAAUAUUCUUUCUUUUUGUGUCUCUGUACAAAACUACUUGAAACCUUCAGAGCUUUAAUGAAACAUCCCAGACAGACUAUAGUGGCAGAUCAAUUCAGAAUAUGUAGCAACAGCUUUGUGCAGUAAAACGCUGCAUUUUGACAAUAUCAGCAUUAAAAAAAAACUAAAAAAAACUUUGUGACGGCAGUUCCUUUCAACUCUAAGUGCUUUUUGUGUGCCUCCUUGUCUGUAAGUCAGCCCUCAGAUAAACUAAACAAAACCAAAUCCAAUACACCUGAUAUAAAUGACCAAAAUACAACCAAAAGCUAAAACUUUACACUCAGAUUACACUUGUGUUAAGGGUUUUGUGUCUGUAAGCUUCAUUAUAGCACAAAACACAUACGACACAUGUCAAGGUGUCAUACACUUCUCUUUGUGAACAUAUUAUCGAUGGCAAACGCAUAAGGGCUCUGCUAUUGUGAAUACCAUCUGAGGGUCUCGGAACGCUUUUCAUCAGCCCCUUUAUUUUGGUUUAACUAUGUACAUGAAUAUGGGCAAAACGCAUGUUUAGAAAAGACAAAUAUUAGCAGGAUGACAUUUGUCUGUCCCUACCCCAAACAAUAACUCUAAUGAUGAAGAUUCAAGGCUCGUCUGAUGUUACAGUGACUCGUCCUUCCUGUGAAACAGGCACUGAUGAACGACUACAGUAGGAAGCUGAAGAGGCAAGUGGAUACAGCACUUGUUUUUCCAAAAGCCAUGGCUCAGGAUGGCCCUGUUUUGAAUUUUACAUGAAUUGAAAAAAAGGUUUUAUAUGUGUAGGGAAGCAUUCUAUACUGUAUUGUGCAAUACAUUAUUACAGAAAAAAAAACACGUUUCUGUAGGAAAGGUUGGCACUUCAAAGAUCUUUCUCCUUUUGUUUAAUUUCCCUCUUCAAAAGGUCCUGUUGCCGUUUUUAGAUGAAGUUAACUGUGCCAGAAGAAUUCAAUUCUGAUUUGUAUUUAUUUCUUGCAUGCUUUCCUCCCUGUUGCUAAUACUGCUCUUUAACUGUUCGCUCUGUUGGAUGUGUGAAGCUGUAAAACAUUCUAAUUCAGGUUAUUGUCUGUGUUGAACAAUGUAACUGUGUAAUUAAAACAUGAAAUGAAGUAUU